AUGAACACCGCUUCUCAAUUUCAACAGAAGCUACAACCACAACAGCAACCACAACAACAAUUUCAGUCCCCUUAUAUUUAUCAACAACAACAGCAACCUUUCGCAUCUUUGCAGGAUGGUUUCAUUCAGCGUCAACAUCAAAGUCAACCACAGUCGGAAGGUUUGAAUCCAUCAAGCUUUUUGGCUCAAACCCUAUAUCAAGGGGGUUACAGACCUCCUAACCAAUCGGGCCAACAAACUCAACUUCAGAGCUUGCACCAACAACUUCAACAAUUACAACAGCCAGCAACCCCCCAACAACAGCAGCAACAGUUGUUUUCCUUGCCAGGUCAUCAAAAUCAGUUUCAACAAAGUCAAGCUCAAUUGUCAAAUGGGCCCCUAGUCUCUCAAACCCAGCUCAACCCUAUUCAUGUUGAUGCUUCCGUGUCAAGUCAAAUUCACUGGCAACAUCAAAUGCAGCUGGCAAUUGUUGCGAAGAACUCCAACUUGCCUCAUUUCUACGCUCGUCAAGCCGCAUCGUCGUCGAGGAAGCUCAUAAGCAAUCCCGAUGUGUCGAGUAAACAAGGAUCCUCGCUUGUUGAUAUUACAAAUUCCCUCCUGGCAAGCGUGCAGGAAAGUCAACAAAGCCAAGAUCAACAACAAUCCAAUGAAGGUCUGAUGCAACACAAGAAGAUGAGCAACGACACUUCAGUUGACGAAGAAGAAGAAGAUCAACGCAUAAGAAUCAAAGAAAACAACACACAACUUUGGACUGCGUUAGAUCUUAGUGGUCAGAUGAUAACGACCAUUUCACCUAAGGUAUUCCAUUAUAACUUUCUUAGAAGAUUAUACCUCAAUGGAAACAACUUAAGCAAAGUACCAGAGGCAAUUCUACAAUUAAAAUCUUUACGCGUGCUUGAUCUUUCGUUUAACAUGUUAACGGAACUUCCAGCCGAGCUAGGAAUGCUUUUCAAUUUGAAGUAUUUAUACCUUUUCGGAAAUGACUUGAAGGAAGUUCCAUAUGAAUUUGGAAAUUUAUAUCAACUUGAAUUUCUGGGAGUGGAAGGAAAUAAAAACUUCAACCAGGAAUUUGUCAACAUUAUUGCAAAGAAGGGAACCCGUGGCUUAAUAAUUCAUUUAAGGGAUGAAGCUCCACGCUUGCCUCCUCCAGAACCGCGAAAAUGGAUUGAAAUUGGAGAUGAUGGAGAACCUAAUUUAAACCCCGAUGAGCAAAGACCGGCCAUUGAAUGUGAUCUUUCUUCCACCGACUCUACUUCGUUUACUUUGAUGAGCUACAAUACGUUAUGUCAGCACUAUGCCACUCCGAAAUUUUUCAGGUACACUCCAUCCUGGGCGCUUGCUUGGGAAUACAGAAGGCAGAAACUCACAGAGGAAAUCCUUUCUUACAAAACAAACAUUAUCUGUCUUCAGGAAGUCGAAACCAAAACCUACGAAGAAUAUUGGGUUCCGUUAAUGGAAAGCAAUGGUUACAAGUCCGUUUUCCAUUGCAAAAGUAGGGCUAGAACUAUGAAUGAUAAGAAUGCAAAAAAGGUAGAUGGUUGUGCCACCUUUUACCAAACUUCAAUGUUCGAGUUAAUCGAUAAGAAAAUCAUCGAAUAUGGAAGAGUGGUAAUGACCCAAGACAAAUAUAAGAAGACUGAGGACAUAUUCAAUAGGUUCAUGAACAAGGAUAACAUUGCUUCCAUCUCUAUAUUGCAUCAUAUACCCACUGGAAAUAAGAUUGUACUAGCAAACACACAUCUUCAUUGGGAUCCAGAAUUCAAUGAUGUGAAAACAAUGCAAGUUGCAGUUCUUUUGGAGGAAUUGCGUGUGCUUCUUCUGAAAUAUGCUAAUAGCAAAGACGAGUUAAAUAAAAUUCCUUUGGUGAUAUGUGGUGAUUUCAAUUCUCAGACAGAUUCUGCUGUUUAUCAACUAUUUUCUCAGGGUUCCGUCAAAGAACAUUAUGAUAUUAAAGGGAGGGAUUACGGAAAGUUCACUUCAGAGGGGUGCACACAUCCCUUCCAUUUGAAGUCGGCUUAUGGGGCAAUCAACGAACUUCCAUUCACAAAUUUCAGUCCUACGUACACAAAUGUCAUUGAGUAUAUUUGGUACUCAACGGGAACAUUGUCUGUUAGAGGCUUACUAGGAGAAAUGGAUCCCAAUUAUGCCAAAAGGGUCAUUGGACUUCCAAGUGCAGAUUUUGUCUCUGAUCACUUACCAUUGAUAUCAAAGUUCGAGUUCAAAAAAUCCUCUUCGGCGAAGAAAGUCAAGGUUGAUUUUCGAGAUGGCAGCUAUUCGAGAAAGACUUGA